CAUAAUGGAUUAUAACAGAUACGGCUACGGCUAUUGAGAUGGAGAUGACUCUCUUUCGGCGAAAUUUGAAGGUCUAUACCUCGGAGAUAGCCCCUACAGACCUCAAACAGCGGCUACUAAGACCUAUGCCAAAAAGAAGACCCAGAAGUAUGUCUCUUAUGGAAAGGAAGAAGCUAAGUAUAAGUAUCAUGAUGGAUAUCAGGAGGAUGACUCGGAUGAAAGCCAGAUUGCUGAAGCUGUUUUUAACCCUGAGACGUACUCAAAAGAUGAAGGAAUUACAUCUAUGGUCGCAAUAGACUGAGAAAUGGUAGGCGUAAAUUAUACAGAGAGUGGCCUCGCAAGAAUAUCCAUUGUCAACUAUGAUGGCCAUGUCUUAAUGGAUACCUAUGUUAAGCCUGAAGGGAAGAUCACUAACUACAGAAGUUGGGUCAGUGGAGUCUAUCCCUCAGAUCUCAAGUAUGCCAUGGGAUUUAAGAAAGCAAGAGCACAAGCUAUUGCUAUUCUUAAAGGAAGAGAUAUUAUAGGCCAUAGUCUUCAUAAUGAUUUCAAAGCAUUACAAUGGAGACCGAAGAAGUACAAUAUUAAAGACAUUAGCUUGAUCAAAGAGUUUAGACAUCCAGGUACUAACCAGCCUAGAUCUUUAAAGAAGCUAACUCUUGAGUUCCUAGGAAAGAAAAUACAGUCAGGCUCUCAUGAUAGUGUGGAUGAUGCCAGAGCAGCCCUUGGAUGCUAUAGAGUACACCAGAGCCAACAGAGCACUAGAAAGAAGAAGUAUCACUAUUAUUAA